AACGUAUUCGCCUCUACACAAUUGAUUCAACCUCUGUAGAUCAACGCCGCUGUUCUUUGGGGCAAAGCUAAAGCAAACCAUAUUUGAGUUGUUUUUCUGUCAAGACAGCCCUUAUUACAGAAGCUGACAGUCUGUUCAUCUUUGAACACGGCAAAGAAAUGUCUGCAUCUGCAGCGAGUCAGUAUGAGGAUCAGUUCAGCUGUCCAGUGUGUUUGGAUCCUCUGAAGGAGCCGGUGACGAUUCCCUGUGGACACAGUUACUGUAUGAGCUGUAUUAUUGACUGGUGGUGCCAGAAGGAGCAGGGGCCGCCGUACCGCUGUCCCCAAUGCAGAGAGAGCUUCAGUCAGAGACCUCUACUGAAGAAGAACACUCUGAUAGCUGAGAUGAUGGAGACGCUGCAGAAGACGACGUCUCUACAAACGGCUGCUGUGGAGUGUGAUGUUUGCACUACAGAGAAGAACAGAGCUGUAAAGUCCUGUCUGCAGUGCUUGGCCUCCUUCUGUCAAACUCACCUGCAGUCUCACUAUCAAUCUCCUGCUUUAAUGAAGCAUAAACUAGUCGAAGCUUCCAGACACAUUCAGGAGAACAUCUGUCUCAGUCAUGGGAAACUACUGGAGAUUUACUGUCUGGAUGAUCGUCAGUGUAUUUGUUGUUUGUGUGUUACUGACAAUCAUAAAAACCACAAUGUGGUGCCUGUGGAUUCAGAAUGGACUAGCAAAAAGAAAGAGUUAGAGGAGAUAAAGGUGUCGUGUCAGAAGCUGAUCCAGGAGCGAGAGAGAGGUCAGUGGGAACUCAGUGAAGCUGUGAAGUCUUUUAAAAGUUCAGCGCUAGAGAGCAUGGAGGACAUUGAGAAGGUCUUCACUGAGCUCAUCUGCUCUCUGGAGAAGAAACGCUCUGAGAUUAAAGAGCAGAUCAGAGCUCAGGAGAAGACUGAGAUAGAUCGAGCAGAGGAACUUCUCAAACAUCUGGAUCAAGAGCUGACAGAACUCAGAAAAACACAAGCAGAGAUUGACAAACUCCUGAUUAAUGAUAAUCAGAUCAAUUUUCUGAGGAGCUGUCAGUCUGUGUCUGUUUUACCCACAUUUGAAGAUGUUCCCAGCUUCACUCAACACACUCAUCUGUCUUUUAAAGACAUUUCAGUCUCAGAGUUUAAGCAGGUUUUGGAGGACGGCUGUCAACAGCAAACAGCCAGAAUAUCCAGAGAAGUGUCAAAUGUUCAUGUUGCACAGACUCCAGAACCAAAGACUCCAAAUACAUUUUGGCAAUAUUUCUGUGAACUUAACCUGGAUCCAAACACAGCACACAAAAAACUCAUCUUGUCAGAAGAGAACAGAAAAGCGACACAUUCAGUUGAAGACCAGCAGUAUCCCGAUCACACAGAGCGAUUUGAUGGAUAUUGGAAUGUCUUGUGUCGAGAGGGUUUGUAUGAUCGCUGUUACUGGGAGGUCGAGUGCAGUGGGAACGAGUGGGCCGUAGCAGUUUGUUACAAAGCUAUUGAAUGUAAAGGAAAGAGUGAUGACUGUAGACUUGGCUUCAACAAAAAAUCUUGGAGAUUGUCACUCGAUCAGCAGAAUGUCGAUUUCAUUCAUGAUAAAGCCCAAGUCUCAAUUCCUCCUUUAUCCUCCUCUAGAAUAGGAGUGUAUCUGGAUCACAGAGCAGGAACUCUGUCCUUCUACAGCGUCUCUGACACAAUGACUCUCCUUCACAGAGUCCAGACCACUUUCACCGAACCCUUAUACCCUGCGUUUGGGGUUAGUACAGGUUCUUCUGUCAGGAUCAUAGAGCAGAAGAGAGUUCAGACAGGCAAAAAAAUCCAAAAAAUUCAAAAGAAAAAAAAACCCAAAAAAUAAAUUGCUAAAUUUCUGAAACUUGUAUGCCGGUAUAUUUAAAUUAAAAUUUAAUUUGAAGGUUGGAUGAACAAACACCGUCAAUGAAUAAAUAACAUUUGAAGCACCUUUUAAAACACUCAAUUAAUUAUCAGUUGUUACAAAAUAAGAUUACAGUGAUUUUGAUUUAGUGUUCUUUAAUCUUGGAAUCUGAAAGCUUUCAUCUUCAGCGAGGUUUUUUUUUACUGCAGCUCAUAAUAAUCCAUGUCUAAAUCCAUGAUUCAGUUCAUUAUCGAGCUCCAUACAAAGUGUCAGGGUUUGGAAAAUAAUCGGCUGUGGAACUUAGUAAACUAUUUACAUCGUGGUGUUGAUAAAAUAAUUGUUUCACAUCACACAUAUUAUCUUAUAUUACAUGUAUUAAAUGCAGAUGAUAGUUUGUUUGUUACCUGAUAGUAGGACCUUCUUUCUUUAGAGUUUCUUUACAAUUUGGAUAACUGAGUUGACUUCAGGAUGAGGCCUGAUGAGGGGUUGAAGCACAUAACGCUAAAACCCUGUUGUAAUAGUUAGAAUGUCCAAGGAUCAGCAUUCUCCCCUAAAAGUGGUUGUAGAGACUUGAAACUUUAAAGAAUGGUACAGUAGUACUCAUCCCGUUUACGAAGUCACCAAGGCUCGCCUUAAUAGGCUAUGGUGGUGCUAUAGCGAUCAAAAGUAUGUAACGCCUAACUUGUUUAAGGCUCAAGUUUCUCAUAUACUUGGAAUUCUUGGAUCAAGACAAAGAAAACGCACAUCUUGAAUUCAGUCGUCUCCCAAAUUUUCGGGUAUUUUGGAUUUUUCAAAAAAUCUACUAGAUUCAGAAAGAAUCUCUGAGUCUGAGUGGCAAUAAUUAUAGAAAAAAGUUGAAAUUUAGAUUUAUGUUCACGAUGGGACGCCAAACCUUUCGAAGUGGGCGUGGCCACUUUUACUAAAACGGCUAUCUCUCAUGAACGGUAUGAGAUAAUUUCACCAAACUCGGUACAGAGAUGUGCUAUUGGCUCGGUCUGUGGUUGUAUGAAAAAUAAACGGCGACUGGCCAGUCAGUGGCGCUAUAAAAAAAUAAAUAAAACAAAUUGAAAAAAUAUAACUAUGCAACAGUAAGUCCAAUUGACAUGAAAACUUUCAUGCGGUGGCUUUGUCCAAGGUGCUGUGAUUGUCUACAAGGGCAUAUAGUAUCUUGGGUACACAGCAAAUGAAGUUCGAGUUGCUGUCAGAUAAGGUUAACGAAACUCGCUGGACCCGUUUGACUCGUGGCCCAGAGACCUAUGAGAAAUUCAAAAUAAAUCGGCCGCCUUCGCAUUU